AUGGAGUGCAAGUUCAACAACGGUACCCAGGAAGGGGAUAUGGAGGUGAGGCUUGAUACGCAAGUCAUCCCCAAGAGAGGUAGUUUCAAGUAUCUUGGAUCUAUAAUACAAGGUAACGGGGAGAUUGAUGAAGAUGUCACGCAUCAUAUCGGAGCAGGAUGGAUGAAAUGGAGGCUCGAUUCCGGUGUCUUGUGCGAUAAGAAUGUGUCGUUGAGACUUAAAGGUAAGUUUUACAAGGUUGUAGUUACACCGACUAAGUUGUAUGGAGCAGAGUGUUGGCCGAUCAAGAACUCUCAUACCCAGAAGCUAAAAGUAGAUGAGAUGAGGAUGUUGAGGUGGAUGUGUGGGCAUACCCGGUUGGAUAAUAUUAGGAAUGAAGUUACUCGGGAAAAGGUGAGAGUAGCCCCUGUAGAGGAUAAGAUACGGGAGGCAAGGUUGAGAUGCUUCGGGCAUGUUAAGAGGAGAAGUAUAGAAGCCCUAGUUAGAAGGUGUGAGCGGUUAGCCUCGAUGGGCAGCAUGAGGGUAAGAGGUAGGCCUAUAAGAAAUCUUGGGGAGAGGUUAUUAGGCGGGACCUGGCGCAGCUAG